UGUCCUUAUUCACGACAUCGAGCAAGGUUCCUUCAUGGCGCAUUAUAACACGUUCAGAGUCGAGGACGAGGGCCACCAGUUCCGCCUGAUCGUCGACGGGUUCUCGGGCAACAUCAGCCAGGACGCCUUCAAGACGAAGCACCACGGCCGCGCCUUCAGCACCUGGGACCGCGACAACGACAACUGGGACAAAGGCAGCUGCGCCAUCAACAACGGGGGCGGCUGGUGGUUCAACGCCUGCCACUACACCACGCUCACGGCCCCCUUCCCGACCUCGCAGGACCGGGAGGCGAGGACCAUCCGCUGGCUCAACGGGGAGACGUGGCUGGUGCUCGAUGACGUCACGAUCGAAGUCCGGCCGAAUAAUUACGCGUUGAGGUUCAAUGCGCAUAAUUUUGAGUGAGGGGGGGGGAUGGGGGAGGGGAGG